AUGUUUGGCACUAUUGUCGACGGCUUCGUUGAGGGUUCAAAACAAACAGUGAUGGAAGCCCUGGAGGAAUUCGCUAUGGAGUACAAAGCAACAGCAACAGACGACUAUAAACAUGCCUUGUCGGUCUACGCCAACACGAGCAGCAAUGAUACACACUGUGACGUACUUCAUCUCCUUGCAAACGUUGACCUCAAAGAUGUCAGUCAUCUUCAGGAACGACCGACCUUUGGUAUCAAAUGCAAUAUUGGAAACAACGAGGCUUACCGAUAUAAUUGCCUAUGCCUUGUCGAGCUCAUGUCCACUAGUAGAGCCUACAUCGGCGCUCACAGUAGAACAAUCUUCCGCUACGGAAACUGCCAUCUCAGAGUUGGCACUUUAACACAUGCCCCCGACAUCACCUAUUGGACUGCUCAUUCUGUGGCCGAGCUGAUUGAAGGCCAUUGCACGCAGGAAUGUUGCAAUCACCAGCUGAAGACAUCGGGAUACUCACCAGCGAAUCGCAGCCACCGUAAAGCAUAUGUCUGUCCCUAUCAAGAGUCCAGCUCUGUCGCAUGUGGUUCCAGCCCAGUUGUCAUCGAUUUGGCAGCCGACGGACAAUAUCACGAAGCUCUAAUGAAGGCGAAAGAGCAGGGAUGCGUCGCCCUAAUUGUGCAGAUAGUCGAGAGCCAGUUUCCCUGGCGGAAGAUUGAGCCAGCUUCUUUACAGGCACUGGCUCAAGCAUGCUGUAGUCUCCGAAUCCUGCUAAUGGUCGACGAAACUCUUUCGGCACUCCGAUGCGGUGCCCCGUUUGCCUACCAGAGAGAGGAAUACCGUAGGAUCGUGCGGCCCGACUUGGUGAUAUUUGGAAAAGGGCUCAAGGUUAACGGAAUUGGUGUCAACUUUGAUGGGCAAACACUUCAGAGUCUUCAUAUUUCUUCUCACAAUGACAGAUUGAGGGCGAUCUUUCGCUGGCAUGACAGGCAUACGCGAGCUAUCCGGUCGUCUCUACUUAUCGAAGCAUUGUUUGUCAUUGAAUUAGCAAAGAAAGAACACUGGCCCGGUCUCAGUAUUCGGAUAGGCCAGGCCAUUCGCGAGGUCAUUAGCACCAUGGACACCGCCAGAGCCAGACAGCCACAGUCCCAAAGCUCACUCGAGAUGGCCGGAUUAGAAUCUCUCAUAUACGUUGACGAGAAGCAGGCAAGGUCCAUGCUUCUGCAAGGUGUCCCAGAGGGGAAUUAUAUUCGCCUCCUCCCCGCUUUGGCCGAACCGUACAGCAACCCCCAGUUCUUGUGGACUCACAUCUUUGGAAGAAGCAGCUGGGCAGUACGCAGAUCAACCGCUUUGCUUCUGGAAAGUACCGGGUUAACGCCUCUCUGGUGCUUCGUGUGUGGGGACGCGACGGAAAAGGUUCUCGGUGACGAUGUUUCUUGGUGUCGCGAUUGUUGCUUAGCCACUUGCGGAUACCGAGAGUGCGAAGAAGGUUUCGCGAGCCAUGCGUGUUUGGGGCAUAAACAGAGGCUUUGA